AUGGCCAUGUUUCUUCACUGUAUAUACAUUUGUACAGCUUUUUUCAUCUUUUCUGCAUUCACAAAUGGUGAGUUUCAAGUAAGAUCAAGCAGGAAAUUGUCAGACGACGACGAUAUGAUCACUGUCGAUGCAUCGGGCCACACGGGGUUUUCGACUAUUCAAGCAGCCAUUGAUUCUGUCCCUUCAAACAACCAGAAUUGGAUUUCCAUCUAUGUCAAAGCUGGAGUUUAUAAUGAGCAGGUGAAAAUCCCUCCGGACAAGACAUUCAUCCAUCUCAGAGGAGAAGGAAUAGGGAAAACUAAUGUUGUAUGGGGUGCACAUGACACAAUGUUGACUUCCGCAACGUUUGCGUCUAUGGCUGAUAAUAUCAUCGUAUCGGGGUUUACUUUUGUGAAUUCUUACAAUUAUCCCCCAAGCAAGAACGGGAGUCCGGUGAAGCCGGCGGUGGCCGCGAAGAUCUCCGGCGACAAGUCGGCUUUCUAUGAGUGCAGUUUCUUGGGGUUUCAGGACACGUUGUUGGAUGAUGCGGGCAGACACUAUUUCAAGCUUUGUAACAUUGAAGGAGCCAUUGAUUUCAUCUUUGGAGGUGGUCAAUCCAUUUAUGAGGUAACUAUCAAUCUGCAUUUGGCUAUAUAUCUUAAAUAG